AUGACUGGGCGAGACGGGGAGUUGCAGAGGAGAGGCCUCGAGAGCAGCCAGCGCCGAAACGUGGGCGAGAUGCAGACAUGCAAGGAGCGAAGUCAGGUAGCGGUCCAAGGGUCUGGACCUGCAGCAAGGCGGAGGAACAAGGCUCAAGGUGCUGAAGUUGGCAGCUCUCACGCCGCAGCUGAGCGCCCCGAGGCUCCGCUGCUCUUCCGCACAGGCUCUCCGGCAAAAGCGCAGCUUGUGGGAGCCGCAGCACUGUCUCAAGGCCGUUAUUUGGAGCUGAGUUGCGGUCUCAGCCCUGGCCAGGUGAUCCUCGAGCCAAACCAGACGUUGGAGUUGGGCUGCAGUCUGGCUCCGGUUGAGAAGGUCCUCAACAUUACCUGGAAGAAGAAUGGGCUUCCCAUAACAGAAGAGGAAAACCUUCGUGUCCUCCCCUCUGGCUCUCUGUCCAUAUCAACCCAGGUGCUUUGGGAGGAAGGAAACGAUCCCAGAGGGAUCAGCCUGGAAGGAAAUUACUCCUGUGUCUCCCAUGGCUCCUUUGGCUCAGUCGCAGGACAAACGGUUGUGCUUCGCAUGUCAACUUUGCCUCAAUUUUUUCAACAUCCGGAGUCCCAGACUGUGAUGGAAAAUGGCACGGCCCACUUCAAGUGUCGGAUCGAAGGCCUUCCUCCUCCGGGGAUCACCUGGGAGAAGGACAAUGUGACUGUACCUCCUGAUCCCAGAUUUAUUGUUCUCCCAAACGGUAUCCUCCAAAUCAUAGAUGUGAAGAAGCGCGACACUGGGGUGUAUCGUUGCGUGGCCAGCAACAGUGCGGGGAAGCGCUACAGCUCCGGCGCCACUCUCAGCCUCCUGAAAGGUAACCCUCUGCCAGCGACUGGGGACGUCGCCAUUGUCGCUGCCCCCGAGAAUGCCACCGUGGCGGUCGGAGAGAGCGCGGUGAUGGCUUGCAUGGCUGUCGCCAGUCCCAGCCCGUUUGUCUCUUGGAUACGGGAAGAUGGGAGCCCCAUUUCCACGGAUGUGAUUGUGUUGGGACAGACGAACCUCCUGUUCCCCCACGCCCAGCUCCAUCACACGGGCGUCUACGUUUGCCGUGCCAACAAGCCGCAGACAAGGCAGUUUGCCACCGCUGCAGCCGAGCUCCUGGUCCUUGCGCCCCCUACCAUCUCCCAGGCUCCUGAGAGCAUUUCUCGGACCCGAGCCAGCACUGCCCGAUUUGCCUGCAAAGCCAACGGCGAACCAGCUCCCAGCAUCCACUGGGUGAAGAACGGGGAGCCUCUUCUGUCGAAAGGACGGGUGAAGAUUCAGAGCGGGGGCACCUUGGUGGUCAACCAGAUUGGGCUGAAGGACGCGGGCUACUACCAGUGCGUGGCGGAGAACCCCCUGGGCGCGGCGUGUGCCACAGCCCGGCUGGAUGUGAUCGUGCGGGAGGGCUUGCCGAGUGCCCCCAAGAGGGUGUCCGCUCGGUCUCUCUCCAGCACCACGGUCUUGGUGUCCUGGGAGCUGCCGGAGUUCAACAGCGAGCAGAUAAUUGGCUUCUCGCUGCAUUACCAGAAAGCUUCGGGCACCAACAACGUGGAGUACCAGUUCGCGGUGAAUAACGACACGACCGAGUUCCAGGUCAAAGACUUGGAGCCCAGCACGAGCUAUGUUUUCUACGUCGUGGCGUACUCGCAGCUUGGGGCAAGCCGGACCUCUUCUUCCAUAAACGUGCAGACGUUGGAGGACGUCCCCAGCGCUGCUCCUCAGCUUUCGCUCUCCAGUACGACGCCGACGGAUAUCAAGGUGACGUGGCUCCCUCCGCCCAAAGAGCUGAGCAAUGGGAAGAUCACCAAGUACAAAAUUGACUACAUGCCACUCAAGGAAGACCUGAUCUCCUCAACCGAGGUUGGUGCCAAUGAGACGCAGCUCACCCUUUCUGCCCUGCACCCUAAUAAGGUCUACAAGGUGCGGAUUGCGGCGAGCACCAGCGUGGGCUUUGGAGUCCCGUCGGAAUGGACACAGCACCGUACCCCGGACAGAGACAACCAGACACACGUUCCAUCUGCCCCGACCGAGUUGAAGGUCCAAGCAAAAAUGGAGUCCCUCCUUGUGAGUUGGCAAGCUCCUGCCAGCCACGCCCAGAUUUCAGGGUACAAACUCUACUACCGAGAAGCCGCUGCGGAAGAGGCGAGCGAAGAGGGCCACUCCGAAGGCACUGGUGACGGCCCUUGGGAUGUGGGGCCAAUCAGGCUGAAAAAGAAGACCAGGCAGCACGAAUUGACGCAGCUGAUUCCUGGACGGCUCUACGAGGUGAAGGUGGUGCCGUUCAACAAACACGAAGAUGGCUAUGCAGCUGUGUGGAAAGGCAGGAUGGAGAGAGCGCCUGUAACGGCCGCAGAGCCCCCAGUUCAGAGGGGCCCACCGCUGCCGCCAGCGCACGUCUACGUAGAAUCCAACAGCUCCACGUCCAUUUGGCUGAGGUGGAAGAAGCCCGACUUCACCACGGUGACGAUCGUCAAUUACACCGUGCGGUUCAGCCCCUGGGGGAUGAAGAACGCCUCGCUCGUGACGUACUGCACCAGCUCUGACGAAGACAUCCUCAUCAGCGGGCUGAAGCCCUUCACCCGGUACGAGUUCGCAGUUCAGUCAAACGGCGUCGGGAUGGACGGGCCCUUCGGGAACGCGGUGGACCAGGUCACCCUCCCCGACCGGCCGUCCACGCCUCCCUCUGACUUGCGGCUGCAUCCCAUCAACCCCUAUGCGGUCCAGGUUCACUGGUGCCCCCCCUCCGAGCCGAACGGCAUCAUCGUGGAGUACCUCAUCCUGUACAACGCCAACAACACGCAGCCCGACGAGAUGUGGACGCUCCUGACGAGAGAGGGCAACAUCUUCAGCGCGGAAGUUCACGGGCUGGAGAGCAACACCCGGUAUUUCUUCAAGAUGGGAGCCAAAACGGUUGUUGGGUCCGGUCCCUACUCCAGCGUGAAGGAUGUACAAACCUUGCAGGAGAGGCUCUCAGAUGUGCUGGAAGUUCACUCCGUCACGGGGAUUAUCGUGGGAGCUGGUCUUGGGUUGCUCUGCAUCCUCUUCUGCAUGUGCACCAGCUUUUGCAACAACAAACCAAGGGAUGCCGUGCCGGGCCUGGAGGCCCAGGCCCCCGGGAGCCAGGCAUAUGCUCAGCACGACCGGCCGGCGGCGCCCCUCCCCGUCACCCUGUCCAGCUGCCACGAACUGGAGUCCCUGGUGAGCCCGGUCCCCGACGAUGCUCCCUCGCCACCGGCAGGCGGCACGGACCCGUGCAAAGCGCAGGGCCCCCUCCUCCGUGGCCCCCUCGACGCCAAGCGAAAGCUGGCCCUGAAGUACCGGAGCAGCAGUGAGCACGCCGGAGCCCAAGGAAAGGGCGGCUGGCGCUUUCGCUUGGCAGCCAGCGCCGUCAGGGUGGAAAUUCUGUUAAAGCCAGAAAGGGCGUAUGUGCACAGGAAACCGGGCUUGGCUCUGGCUUCCGUGCCCGCCUCGGCCACAGAUCCAUUCCCUCCCUGGGAGAAAGCACUGACCAACUGGGCCAGUAGAAUUGCUGGUUCUGGAGAGGCCCUUCCGGAAGACCCCAGACCUGGCCUGGCCUUGAACGGCUCGUUGAAGACGGCACCCAACGGGGGACAAAAGCUCUUGUUGCAAGCCCUGGCCUACGAGACUGACACGGACGCAAGCCGGGAGCUCCCGCACAGCGGUGUCGGCCAGGUGGAAGCCGAGGUCCUUGUCCAUUCCGAUUUCUCAGCACAGGGCCAAGACAGCGGCACCCACUUCCAUGCCCAAGACCCGGCGGCGGCUCUGUCUGAAGACCCUGACCUGGGACCCCUUCCCAUGGAGGGGUCUCCCAGCAACCCCAAGCAGAGUUGCAGCCAAGAUCCCCCAGAGCUGGGAGACCAGAGCGGCCCUCGGGCCCCGGACGCCAGGCCAAGGACUGAUGGGCAAGCAUGCAGGACCGUGGCCACCCCCCUGGAGAUGGCCACGGGGGUGUGA